AUGGAUCCACUUGUGGGUCAAAAUGAGAAAGUUACCAAGGAUGAGGAAGAUCGCCCACCCCGCUUAGCUGAAAGCUUGCUGCGAGAAUCGCAAAUACUAUCAACCGGGUCCCCCGUAGUUUACAAGCUCUCAGCCGAACUAAAACUGAGGAGGGAAAAGGGAAAGAUUAUCAAGAAGAGCAUCGGCAGCCCUAGUGAUCUGGAGGGUCGAACAACUGAAAAAGUGCUUAUGGUGGUUGGCGCAACGGGAGCCGGAAAGACAACGCUUAUCAACGGCAUGGUCAACUACAUACUGGGCAUAAAGUGGGAAGAUAAAUUCCGUUACAAACUCGUCGUAGAAGAUAGCAAGGUGUCACAAGCUCACAGCCAGACAAAAGAAAUCACAGCCUACACGUUUCACCCGAUGAAGGGUUCCGCUGUUCCUUACACGUUCACCAUUAUCGAUACACCAGGCUUUGGAGACACAGAGGGACUCAAGAGAGACCAAGAAAUCACCGAUCAGAUCAAAGAGUUUUUUUCAAUUCCUCCUCCAAAUGGUAUUGAUCAUAUUGAUGGCAUUGGUUUUGUCACUCAAGCUUCCUUGGCCCGCCUUACCCCCACACAAGAGUACAUCUUCACAUCCAUACUGUCCAUAUUUGGCAAAGAUAUGGCUGAAAACAUUUUCAUCCUGAUUACGUUUGCAGAUGGUCAAACACCCCCAGUGAUGGAAGCAAUAAAGAAAGCCAAGAUCCCAGCUAAGAAGUUUCAUAAAUUUAACAACUCAGCCAUUUUUGCAGAUAAUACCGAAACUACCCAGAAAAACGAAGACGAAGAAGAUGAAGAUGAUCGUUUCGACAAAAUUUUUUGGAAGAUGGGGGCUCGUUCUUUCAAAAAAUUCUUCCAUGAUUUCGAAAAAUCGCGAAGCGUCAGCCUCCAACUCACUCAAGAGGUGCUAAAGGAACGCGAACAGCUGCAAAACAUGGUUGAAGGGCUGACCCCGCAGAUCAACCAGGGUCUUAGCAAAAUUGAAGAAAUGCGACAGGAGGAGAAUAUCUUGAAACAGCGUGAAACGGAGAUCGAGCAGAACAAAUCCUUCACAUACUCAGUUAAAGUAACGAAAGCGAAAAAGAAAGACCUAAGGGGGACAGGUCAGCACACAACCACAUGUCGCCGCUGCAACUUUACGUGUCACACUAAUUGUGCGUAUGCAAAUGACGACGACAAAAAAUCAUGUUGCGCCAUGGACGGGAGUGGUUACUGCAAAGUCUGCACAAAGCAUUGCCACUGGCAGGAACACUCGAAUCUUCCCUACAUUUUUGAGUACGAAACAGUCACUGAGAAGAGAACCUCAGAAGAUCUUAAAAAGAGGUACGAAGUGGCUAAGUCAGGGAAGAACAUAGUAGAAGGCAUGAUUGAGAAACUAGAAGGGGAUCUUACGGAAGUGCAUAACAAUGUCCUCUCAAUGAUGUUCAAAGCUCAGCAAAGCCUGCAGCGCCUGGAUGAAAUUGCCCUCAAACCCAACCCACUGACCAGGACAGAGUAUCUGGAGCUCCUCAUUGAGUCCGAAAAGAAUGAAGCCAAACCGGGAUGGAAGCAGCGUGUUCAAUACUACGAAGUAGCCAAGCGUCAAGCUGAAAUUCUGUCCAAAGUAAAAGAUCCUAAAGCAGCUGAAGAGCUGAUUAAAGAGGAGACAUCUAAAGGAGAGAAAUGGUAUUCCCGAUUUAUGUUCUGGAGAUCUUAG